UGAUCAAACAAACAAAUUCGAAGAAGAGAGAACCCAAAAAAAAAAAAAAAAACCUGUUUUCUGUUGGCAAAUUCUCCGGCGAAAUCAAUCUUCUUCGUUAGUUUAUUCAGAACAUGGCGGCCGCGAAACUCGUGGCUUUGUUACUAUUUCUCGCCUUGGUUUUCAAUUUCACCACUUGUCUUGUCUUCGCCGACGCUGGAAUCGACGGCGGUGAAGAACCGAAACACCGAUCCGACGGCGGUGAAAUCGAAUUGGAUCAACUUAAUGCUAAAAUCCGUGCCCUAGAAUCUCAAAUUGAUGAGAAAACAAGAGAACUUAAAGGGAGAGAAGAGUUAGUAGCAGAGAAGGAGAAGCUUCUUCAAGAGAGACAAGCCAAAGUUGCUUCUUUGGAGACUGAGGUUUCUUCACUAAAGAAAAAAGGUUCAUCAGAUUCUGUGGAAUUGUUGAGCAAAGCACAAGCACGAGCUGCUGAGUUAGAGAAGCAGGUUGAGGUACUCAAGAACUUUCUAGAGCAAAAAAACAAGGAGAAAGAAUCCACAGAAGCACGGAGUAGUGCAGCCGAGAAAAAGCUAAAUGAAUUGAACUCGAGACUUGAGAAAUUUCACAAGACAAAUGAAGAGCAGAAGAACAAAAUACGAAAACUUGAGCGUGCUCUUAAACUCUCCGAGGUAUGA